AUGGGGAAGGAAUGCACGUCUGUGCAUUCAGGCAUGAGGACACUUGUGCAUGCUGGACGUCUGAGUGGAAAUAACAGCGCGAUGUUGUCACCUGACUCCACCUUUCCCCUCAUCGUCUUGAUGACUUGCGUUGAGCUCUUCACCUUCAUCACAGCCCGUCCCACUAAUAUACCACAAGGAAAAAAGGGUCUGCAGAUGCUGUAUCAAGAUAUGCGUACGCUGCUGAAAUUAGUAUCACAAGAAAGGCAUGGGAAUGAGAUGAAAGACUUUGAACAAUCACUCACAUCCCUGCCCUCGCUGAACUACAAAACAGAAGACCUGAAAUCACUCGAGGUGAGCAGUACAUUAGGACAGCUGUACACUGGUCUUAAAUCCUUCAAGUUCCAUCUUGACUGGAUCCAGCAAAAACAGGAAGAAAUGGGGAGUGAUUAUUAUAAGACAAAGAAACUUGCUCAUCGCAUCCAAGUCAUCAGCCACAUGGUGCUCAUACAGAUUGGGACGACACCAUCUGAACUGGUCUACCCUUCCCUGUCGCCUUUGAACACGGCUUGGAACUUGUACAAGGCCAAUGUGGAGAUCCUUGACAAACUGUAUUUCUUUUGCAACUGGUACAUUAGAGCAUUGGGAGUCCUGAAACACAGACAACAGUGA